AUAGUAAAAUCAUGGGUAUCUUUAAAUUCACAAGAAGAAAGAUUUUUUUAAAAAAAAAAAGGGGAAGCAAAGGAAAGAAAGUGAUUUUUGUUUGAAUAGAAGUAGCAGUAUCCCUAUGUCUAUGAAUGUCCUUUGAAAGGCCUGUCUGGAAUAUCUUGUUCACAGCCUUACAUGUGCUUACGUAGGGAGAGUGAGAUUUGUAUUUUUCCAAUACAAUCCAUUGCACAGCUGAUUGCACCAUUGGCUUCUUCACCUUCCCCUCCCUUCACAGCCUGUCAAAAGGCUUGCAUUAUUCUCCUUGGAGUUGGCCUUUGUUUGUUUUUCUAAGUUGUGUUGACUGUUUUCAGUGUUGUGAGAGUUUGUGGAUAUCUGAGUCUCUGGAUCUUUCACCCUUUCUUGGAGAUCUCCGUCGAAUGGGAGGUUGGAAACCGUGUUCCAGAAUGAGUCAUGGGUGUUGAUGGGGAGGAGAUUUCUAUCUUGUUGUAUUCUGUUUUGGUUUAUUUAUGGGAAUGGGAGAUGGGUGGUGAGGAGAGGGGAGAGAGUGUGGAAGAUGGUGCAUGAGUGGACGGACGAGAACUGUUCCCACAGUCAUUUUGUGCAGGCAUGGGAACAGAACUGCAGUAUGCUCUAGAUCCGUUAGCCACAUUGCCGCAGAAUGACCGCAAUGCAGUAACUGUAGCAUUCAAAACUUCAAACCCCUGGGCCUAUUCUAGACAGAGAUUUCUCGAGGAGAAUAGGACUGGUUCGGACAAGAUUCAAGAAUCCAUGGACAAAUCGCUUGAACAAUACAAUAGAGAAUCCGUGCGGAAGACGAUGCUGAAGCAAGAAGAGAUUUUCAAGGAUCAGGUACGGGAACUCCACCGGCUGUAUAGUGUCCAGAAGAUGUUGAUGGCCGAGCUACAAAGUAAGGAAACAAAGCUCCCCUCGCCUGCUAAUACAUCUCCAGCAUCAUUUCACGUUGGGCGCCACUACUUAGACGUUGAUCCCGGAACUGGGUAUUGGACUCGGGCCACUUGUUCGACAGCCCACCGUUCUCCUUUCAGUAACAAUCACUGCCCCACCACUCAAACGAAUCCUGGCCAUAGUUUGGAUCAGCUAUAUAAGGUAAGGGCCAAUCCAAGCUCACAGGAACUGAGUAGCUGCUCCAAAGACACUAGCAGGCUGCAGUGGGGCUUUGAUCUUGAGCGGCCCGCCGGAGAAGAUAUCUCCACUGAUGUCAGCACCAUUGAAGAUCAGGUCCCAGUUACCCAAAGGCCCAUGAAAAACAAAAUGACAGUCGACGGUCCUCAAGACCCGUUUUUCUACACAGACAGGGAGAGUGAUGUUGAGCUGACAUUGAGCAUCGGAUACUGCAGCAAUAAGAAGAAAAUGAAGCAUCGUUCAAGUUCGAAUCUCGAAUUAGGCUGCUCUGAGUUGAACCCAGAUGAAACCAGACAGCUGAUUCCGUCCAUGUCGGUUAGAUCCGAUCGAGAAGAGGAAUGCAGCAACACUGCUGGUGCAAGUUUAGACCGAGGAAGCUUACAGCGACCACAUUGGCUUUUUCAAGCUCUGAGCUUGAACAGAACAUGAAGUUCAAUCCAUUUGUAACUUUUAGACCAUUCAAUCCCUCUGAUGAUGUAUUGCACAGUUAUGAUAUUGUUUUAGUACUGGAUGCAAUUCAUGCACCCAUUUCGAAAUGUUUAGUAAAUAUAGCUCAGAUCGGAUAAUGAAA